AUGCCCCUAGGGUUUCCGGCUAUUUACGCGGCCCUGCCACCGCGUUUUCGUGAAAUUACUAGAAUGCCCUUCCCCCAUCCCCACACUAAAACGAAAAAAUAAAAAAAUUGCACUCAGUUCGUUUCGAACCCGCGGUCUCUGGGUCAGAGGAGGCUAACGGUUUGACCAGUUGGGCUGCCGACAAUCAUAUGUUGAAUUUACCAUUCCGCUUAAGUUUAUUUGUUUAUAGUUCUUAAUACGAAAUGGUAAAUGCGGAUUAAGUUUAUCUCGUUUCUUUUCCAAUACGAGUCAAGCUUCUUCCUAAUAACUUAAAUUAUUAUAUUCUCUUUUCAUAAUUUCAUAAUAAUCAAAUUAAAUUAUAUUAACAAAAUUAUAAUACGAAAAUCACGAUUAGUGGAACGUGAUGAAAAUGUCACAAUUAAACUAUCAAAGUUCAAACGAACUACGUGGACUUUGAUCCCGUCUAACGGGUACGUAGGCAACCGAUAAGGUUCGAGUCCAAUUAAUCAACUAACUUUAUCUUUAAAUUUUUACGUCAGUGGGCGUAUAAUUAAAUAACAACUAAUAUGAUUAAAUCAUUAAAUGGUCCAGUGGGACCCCUAAAAUUACAAAUUAUUACUAAAAUACACCCAACUCGUAUAAAACUUAUCGACUUAAGUAGUACCGAUUUAGGGCGUUGUGGGGGUGUUGCUUAACUUCCCUACACGUAACCGUACUCCCGAACCCAGAACUUCAUUUUCGCAGACCAUAUCUCGGUUCUGGCCCUAAGGCUAGAGCCGACCGAAGAGUGUUCGAUCCACUCCAACUAAGAUCGAUGGCGACUCCCAAAAAUGCCGACGCGACGACAUAUCGGACCCCCCGGAGGGACGGUUGCGACAGUUGGCGACUCCGCUGGGGAACUUCGAGAGUCGAGCUACAUAAUUAAGUUCGAUAAGUUUUCUAUUUUCCUAUCAAAUGUUGGGUGUUUACUUUAUUAUUUGCGCAAUUAUAUUUUCGCAAUUUAAUUUUGCAUUCAUGCAUAAAAGCUCUAUACCCGAGCUAUCCUAUUAGAAACGGAAAAGGAGUACCGUGACUUUCACAGUAGUGGAAAGCACGCAAAACUUUCCAACCAAGUUGAACUCAGAUCCGAGGUUGAUCUUGAGGUAUCCAGCCAGUUCGUAAGGGCUGUGGCAGGAUACAACUUGGGGACCAAACCCCUAGGAAUUCCUCUGCCAGCAUAUAGUAAGCAUAGAGGCCUCCCUAAACCGUCCAAAAUAAUCCCGAAACAACCCUAGCACCACGUCAUUACGCCCUCUGAAAGCCCUACGUUUUCCCAAAUAGGGUUAUAUUUUUAUUAUCUAUAUGUAUGUUUUCUACUGACGUGAUAAUUUGUGGUAUGUUUUACCAAUCGCGAUAUAUUUAUUUGUGAGAACAAUAUGAAUUUUCUUUUCUUCUUUGAAAAAAUGAAACUCAUAAGCAUCAUUCUCUUUUUGGGUUUUCGCUUAUGCAUUCAAAAUAAAUCUUGAGAACAUUUUCAAAAUGCACGUGCAUCCAAUGAAUCAUCUGUGCAUCGCAUAAGCAUCAUACAUACUCUCCAUUACUCAUUCAAGUCAAUUUAAUAAAAAUAAUUGGUCAGGGUUCCUUAAAAUUGCUCGUCCACAAGGAAAAAGUCAAGACUUCAAGUACUUAACAAGAUCCAAGAUCGAGCUAGUUAUGGAGGCAUUUCAAAAAGAGUUGAACGACAUUAAAGGAAAGCUGACAGGAUUUGACGAGAAGUUAGUGGGGUUCGAUGAGAAACUAACGGGCUUCGAUGAGAUGAAAGGCCAGCUCAACACAAUAUUGAGCAUAUUGUCAAGAAAAGGAAAGGAGGUUGCAAAGAACGAGGAAGAAAUCAUAUUUGACGACGACGAUCACUAUGAGCAACCUCAAGGAAACGUCUCAGGUAGUAAAUUCAUCCUCAUACCUUCGAAGAACACAGGCGACAAAGGUGAUAUUGGGUCAUCAAAGCAUGACAAAUCCGGAGAACCCGAGAAGCAAGAGGAACAUAAAAUCGAAGCUAUGCUAGAAGAAAAAUUAGAACACAUGAAUGAACGAAUAAGAAGCAUAGAAGGAGUUGAGUCGUACGAGCCUAUGGAUGCAUCAAAACUAUGUCUAGUCCCAGAUGUCGUGAUUCCUCACAAAUUUCAAACGCCAGAAUUUGAAAGAUAUAAUGGCACCACUUGCCCAAAAAGUCAUCUGGUCAUGUACUGCAACAAAAUGGCCAACCAUAUUCGAGAUGAAAGGCUAAUGGUACAUUGCUUCCAAAACAGCCUGAGUAGUUCUGCCCUACGAUGGUAUAUGCAACUAGAGAAAACAAAAGUAAGAAGAUGGCAAGACCUCGCUGAUGCAUUCAUGAGGCACUACAAGCAUAACCAGGAUCUGGCUCCAGACCGAGAAGAUCUGAGGAAUAUGGAAAAGAAUGAAAAAGAAUCUUUCAGGGAAUAUGCUCAAAGGUGGAGAGAGAAAGCUGCAGACGUUCAACCUCCUCUGUCAGAAAAGGAGAUGGUGUCAAUCUUCUUCGGAACACUAAGGGCUCCAUACUACAACAACAUGGUCGGAAUUACGACAACCAACUUUGCGGAUCUGCUUGUAAUCGGAGAGCGAAUAGAAAAGGGUUUGAAGCAAGGUCGGAUGGAAACUCCAGAAGCCUCCAAGAAACCACACCAGGCCCGAAGAGGAGAAGCAGAUGUCCAUUAUGCUCAAACAGAAUCAUCUAGAGGAAGAAGGUGGGAUCAUCAACCUCAGGCCAAUCAAGCCCAUCCAUGUGUUGCAAGUGCUGCAAUAAUUAAUCAACGUCCAACUUUUCCUACUCAACGAGCCAUCCAGAGCCCGACACGAGUCGCACCACCACCUAAUAACCAAAAUCAGAAUAAUUAUGAGAGGUUCAGGAAACCCAUCCAAAUCGAUCCUAUCCCUAUCACAUACACUGAACUUUUUCCUCAGCUAAUUCAAGGUAACCUAAUCUCCCCAAUACCAUGUGAACCUAUGAAACCUCCUUAUCCAAACUGGUACAAAACAGACCAGCAUUGUGCUUACCACUCGGGAGUAGCAGGACACUCAACUGAGGAUUGCAGAUCGCUCAAGAUCAAGGUCCAACAAAUGAUGAAUACUGGCUGGUUAAAGUUCGAUGAUGAGCCAAAGCGUCCGGAUGUCAACAAUAACCCACUGCCAACUCAUGGGAAUUAGUAGACAUACUACAAGGCAAAGCUCGAUUUAAGGAUGAUGUUGAUCCUAUCUAGUAAAUAAAAUAUCGAGAUAAUUUGCCAUAGCAAAAUAUGUAUCACUUUUGUUUUUAUCAUCAUAAAUAAAAGGUCUCUCGCGUUUCGACCUCUUUGGAGCAUUGUGUGAAUGGUAUCAAUCUUAAUUUAAGAAUUUGCAUCAAUGUUUUAUCAAAAUAACGAAUGCCACUUCCGAGUUUCUUUAAAACAGAUUUAUCCUCUACGAAAAUGAAAGCCAUCAAAAUCCAGUUUUAUUUUCAAGCUAAGCCAUGAGAUUGUCAUGCCAAGAAAAUGUGAGCACCCCACUGGUGCUGAGAUUUGGGACACCCCACUGGUGUCGAGCAAUUAUCAACACCAUGCUACUGUCAUAAUUUUGAACACCCACUGGUGUUGCGAGUGUACUUGUUUUGCUAAAAUCGAGAGGUAAACACCCUACUGGUGUCCAUGAAUUAUGUGAGCUAAUAGUCAAAGGGUGUAAUGAGUAUACGACAUCUUGCUAUUUGUAGAAACUCGUCACCAUUGUAGUAGACUUUUGCCAACAAAUUGAGGUUUAGUUUGCGUGAAGUCAAAUAUCCAAAUCCCGAUGCACGGGGAGCCUAACAUUACUAUCAUAGCAAGUAAAUCCUCACAGAGUCUCAUGACUAGAAUAUCGAGGAAGAUCAAGGACAUAAUUUAUCAUGCAAAGGAUUCACACCAAGAAAGCAGUCUUAUCCCCGAUUCGAGAGCUUACCUCCUUACGGACGGGGCGUCUAUUAAACUCACACGUCAAAGUCCGAUCGUGAGAUAUUUGCGCAAUACCGGCAAGCAAAUGGCGUCAGCAUCCCUACUUUUACCAAAAAGAAUAGCCAAUUUAAUCUAGUUAUGGAGAAGUGGCACUCACAUCAUCGAUCAUCAAGAAGACUCUCUACCUUUCGGUAAUCGUCCUACCAGAUACAAGUGCUAGAUCAGGGAAAAUGUGAAACGCAUAUGGGGCAUGACAGAGUCCAGUAAGUCCCACACAUACAAAACAAAGAAAAAAGACAAAAGAAAAACAAACAAAAUGUCGUGGGACUUACAAUCUAGGUGCCCCCGGUUUAGCAUUUGAAGUACCAAAUACCUGCACCAAGCCAAAGUCUUGCCCGAUCAAUCUCAAGAUACGACAAGAAGGACCUUCAAACAGUAAACUGUGAUGAUAAGAAAGUCGUUCUAGCCAAAACCCAUCAUCCAAAGUACUCAUCAUUUUGAGAGAAAGCCAGAAGCUGAAAAUCCACAACAUUCAAAAUUUAGAGGCCAAACAAGGACCUCGACAAGUCCCAAGCCAGAUUGCAUUCACGAAAAUCACAGCCUCGGCUAGCGAAAAAUACUGGGGGGCAAAUCCAGCUGAGGAUACAUUCUGAGAAAAUCCACCAGUAUUUUCGAACUAGACUUUGUCAGCAAAAAGAUCCAGAUAAUAGUGGUUCUUAACCCAUCAAGUCAAUCUCAUACGUUGGGAGCAAAGCAAAAAUCCCUCUACAAGAAGCUUUAUACGGAUAAUGUUAAGAUUUCAUAUACUCGCCACCCAUCUGAAUAAACUACACCUCAAGAACAAGGAGACUCAUAUCCUCGAGGUCAUAUUGGACAAAAUCCUCUUUCAUGGGAGACUAAAAAUGUCUGCGACGAAUCCAUAUGGAGGCCUCCUAAUUUGUUCAUACCAAGGGUUUCCAUAUUUGAGUUAAUCUUCACAAGGAACACAGUUGGUCACAACAUAUAGGCAACGUCUCAAGGUGACUAGAAUCUUAAUGGUAGCUGAAGUGUCGUACACUCAAAUCACCUAUAGGAAUGAGUGAUGAGCGAAAUCCAAAGCGGGAGUGAGAGCGAGUAAAAUCAAAAGCAAGAGUGAGAGCGAGGGCUUACUGAUAUUCUCAUGGCUUGGUUUCCACUUCUCUUAUUAAAAAGAAAACCAAAUUUGGCAACGUGACAACUAUCACACAAAAACGGUUUUCUCCAGUUUGUACACACUUCUCGAAACCAAAGUCUUGACAUGGCUUUCAAUUUUAAUUCUCUAAUAAACGUUUUUCAAACAUUUUUGCUUUCGUCUUAAGUCAAGAUUGAUAUAGUCACUCUUUGUUCCGAAGAAUAGAAAGUGAGUAACGGAUCUUCGGGGGCAAAAUUGGUGCAUCAUGGAAGAAGGGGAAGUCUGAAUACCCAAGAAUCGGAUUAAUCAGCUUUUCACGCAUGAGUUGAUGGAAAAAUCUCAAGGAGUCUGAAAACAUUCAGAUCUCAUCAAGCCAACCAGCCAAUCGAUUAUGCUUCAAAUGCAUAGCAAGAAAGAAGUCCUAUUAUACCGCACUGACUGAGAAUUAUAUGACUCUGAAACAUGUGGCCCAUACCUGGCCGAGAAGAAGGAUGAAGCAGCAUACAUCAUGACUUCACAAUACAAAGCAUAUCAUCGCACAACUACUACCAAGAAAAUAUAUUCAAGACAACAAGUUCAAAGUCUCUCCAACAUAAGCAUGACCUAUGGAUCGAGUUGAUCAAAAGGAAAUGAUAGUUCCUGGAGGAUGAGCAAUUUAAAGGAACCCCGAGUAAAAACAAAAUAACCAACAAAACAAAACAACAUAUUGGCAUACCUAAUUUCAAAAGGAUCAUGUCACUCAACUUUCACGACUUCAUCAGCAUGACAUAUCACAAAAUCAUGUUCAAAUCAUUUUGAUAAUCACGUCAUACCAUCAUUAUACAUUAAAGUGACUUGCUAUGCAUCACAAUCAUUUCCUAAAUUUCUAAAAUAUCCAUAUAAAUAGUAUGUGAAAACUUUUUAUGCGAAAUACCACUACGCAUUUACAAAAUUGUUAGUUUGAUCUUUAUCACUAACAUUUUCUCAUUGUUCUAUUUGAUUUCUAUCAUAGACAAUUUGAGUACAAUAUCUUUUAAAAAAUUGUUAGUUUGAUCUUUAUCACUAACAUCUCCUCAUUGUUCUAUUUGAUUUCCAUCAUAGACAAUUUGAGUACAAUAUCCUUUACCAAAUCGUUAGCUUGAUCUUUAUCGCUAACGCUUUCCUCAUUGUUCUAUUUGAUUUCCAUCAUAGACAAUUUGAGUACAAUAUCCUUUACCAAAUCGUUAGCUUGAUCUUUAUCGCUAACAUAGUCCUCAUUGUUCUAUUUGAUUUCUAUCAUAGACAAUUUGAGUACAAUAUCAUUUACCAAAUCGUUAGCUUGAUCUUUAUCGCUAACGCUUUCCUCAUUGUGCUAUUUGAUUUCUAUCAUAGACAAUUUGAGUAAAUCUCCUUACGAAAUUGUUAGUUUGAUAUUUAUCACUAACAUCUUCUCAUCACUUGAUUCGAUUCCUAUCGCGAGCAAUUUGAGUACAAGGUCCCUUGCAAAAUUGUUAGUUUGAUCUUUAUCACUGACAUCUUCCUCAUUGUUUGAUUUGAUUUUUGUCACAAACAAUUUGAGUACAUCGUCCUUAUAAAAUGAUUAGCUUGACGCUAUCGCUGUCAUUCUACCAUUGAUUAGUUUGAUUUCUACCACAGACAACUUAAGUACAUCGUUGUUGCAAUACGGUUAGCUUGAUUUUAUCGCUAACACUUAUUCCGAUGUUCGUCUAAAAUUCUAUCACAGAAAACCUGAUUAUAUCAUUGUUACAAAGUGGUUAGCUUGAUUUCAUCGCUAACAUGUGUCAAAAUCGAUCGAUUUGUUUCUAUCAAGAACAACUUGAGUAUAUCAAUGUUCGUCGUUACCGAAUGGCCAGUUUGAUUUCAUCACUGCCAUUUUCUUAUAUAAUUUGGUUACCAUCAUCUUAACAAUAUGGAUACGUCAUUAUUACCAAGCAUCAUCACAAUUUCUACUUUUGAGAUUUUCACAUUUUCAAAAUGUGGUGUCUUUAUAGAAACUUUGUAUAACUCUUUAUACAAAGAGAUAUACAAAGGGGGGCAACUGUAGACACCACAUUUUGUCCGGGAAUCGUUUUAUUGAAAAUAAUUAUUGUAACGUCGUACUACGAUUAUAUUUAAAAAGGAAAUUGAAGAUAUUUUAGUUGAGACUAGCAGUUGCAAGUCAAUAUGAAUCAACAAUUAUCAAAUUUGCUCCUAGUCGAUUAUAGGGCAUAGGGCAUAAUUAGUUAAUUAGUUACGAUAGGAUCGAUUUAAGAUAAGAUUAGCAGUGGCGAAUCUUAAAUAUAAAUUCUCAAUUGAA